CAGGUUUUACUUAUCACACUAGACAUUCAAUUUUUAAAAAUGUUGCUAUUUCUUGUUUUAUCCACCUUCUUUGCACUCUCCGCUUCACAGAAAUGCUUGCUUUCCGACCCAGGAGAAACUGGAGGUCUUUCCGACGCCGAUUUCUGGGCAGGAGUGGACGGUAAAGAGCUUAUUGAAGAAUUGACGGACGAUACCCAUGACAAAUUUGUGUCAGAAAAUGACAAAGUCUUCAUCCUCUACUACAUGCCAAAAUGUCCCCACUGCAAAAAGGUAGCCAAGCCGUUUGGUGGGGCUGCCAAGAAGAUGAAUGACUCCGUAAAGUUUGGGGGUGUGGAUUGCGUAACUCAAGAGAAGGCAUGUGCAGUGGAAAAUCACCCAGUCGAAGGUUGUCCAACCUUCUAUUUGUUCAAAGGUGGCGAAUGGAAUGACGAAUACACAGGAAAAAGAACCACUGAUGGGUUUGUGAGAUAUCUCAAAAAGAAGUAAAUAAUUGAUAAACAAUUAAAUUUAUCUAAAUCAAAUUUGACCAAGUUACGUAUCGCUGAGGCUAAUAAACUUCUUCAUUUCACCUA